CCAACGGCCCAGUUCAAACUUGGCCUGCGGGUGGUGGUAGUAGUGUCGGCUUGGAUAUCACCGCAAAACCUGCAGACCACGUGCAUUGGACUAACAUAACGCAACAUGUCCAAGCGGAAAAUAGACAUCAACCCAUCAGCCUUGCGGAAAAGCCAGCCUUGGCAUCAGCGAGGGCCACGAGCACAUGGCCAAGGUCAUGUCAAUGUUGUCAGGUACGCACAGGACAAUGACCGAGAGACAGACAGAGAGAGUGGCUACAACAGCAGUUACAGCAAUUACAGCAACAACUCAGGACGCUUAGGUUACAUGGGUGAUUACCAGCGGUCAGAUAUAUACCCAGGCACAGUUGGCGGUGGUGUUGGUGGUGGUGGUGGCAGCAGCUACAACAGCAACAACCAGCAACGAGGAGCUGUAGCCAUGUCUGUUAAUCCCUUCACCAACUUGCCCUACACCCCUAGAUACUAUGAGCUGUACAGGAAAAGAAUUGGACUCCCCGUAUGGGAGUACAGGACCAAAUUCUUUGAAUUACUGGACAGUAAUCAGACCAUAGUGUUGGUUGGAGAGACAGGCUCUGGCAAGACCACACAGAUGCCACAGUGGUGUGUAGAGUUUGCACGCUCUAAAGGCAAAAAGGCUGUGGCCUGUACCCAACCCAGGAGGGUGGCAGCCAUGUCUGUGGCUCAGCGUGUGGCUGAGGAGUUGGAUGUGGCCCUUGGCCAAGAGGUGGGGUACUCCAUUCGUUUUGAGGACUGUUCCUCCUCUAAAACAGUGCUGAAGUAUAUGACAGAUGGUAUGUUGUUGAGGGAGGCUAUGAGUGAUCCCAUGCUGGAGAACUACCAGGUCAUCUUGUUAGAUGAGGCUCAUGAACGCACACUAGCCACUGAUAUCCUGAUGGGAGUGCUGAAGGAGGUGUUGAAGCAAAGGAGUGACUUGAAGCUAGUGGUGAUGUCAGCCACUCUGGAUGCUGGCAAAUUCCAACAGUACUUUGACAAGGCUCCUCUACUUAAUGUCCCAGGCCGAACCCACCCUGUAGAGAUCUAUUACACCCCAGAACCAGAGAGGGACUACCUGGAGGCUGCCAUCAGGACUGUCAUACAGAUCCACAUAUGUGAAGAAAUACAGGGAGAUGUGUUGCUAUUCCUGACAGGACAGGAAGAGAUUGAGGAAGCAUGCAAACGUAUUAAGCGGGAAGUGGAUGCUCUAGGUCCUGAUGUUGGGGAUCUCAAAUGUAUUCCUUUAUAUUCUACAUUGCCCCCAAACCUGCAGCAGCGCAUCUUUGAAGCUCCUCCCCCAAACAAGCCAAAUGGGGCCAUUGGACGGAAGGUGGUGGUGUCCACAAAUAUUGCUGAGACCUCCCUUACUAUUGAUGGUGUCGUCUUUGUGAUUGAUCCAGGCUUUGCCAAACAGAAAGUGUACAACCCUCGUAUCCGUGUGGAGUCCCUGUUAGUGUCCCCAAUCAGUAAGGCAUCAGCUCAGCAACGGGCUGGUCGAGCUGGUAGGACCAGGCCAGGCAAAUGUUUCCGCCUCUACACUGAAAAGGCCUUCAAGAAUGAAAUGCAGGACAAUACAUACCCUGAGAUCCUCCGUUCCAAUCUUGGGUCUGUGGUGCUGCAGCUCAAAAAACUAGGCAUAGAUGACUUGGUUCAUUUUGACUUCAUGGACCCUCCAGCUCCUGAGACCCUCAUGCGAGCCCUAGAGCUUCUUAACUAUCUGGCAGCUCUUGAUGAUGAUGGUAAUCUUACAGAACUUGGAGCAAUUAUGGCAGAGUUUCCACUUGAUCCUCAGUUAGCAAAGAUGGUAAUUGCUUCCUGUGACUUCAAUUGCUCCAAUGAAAUCCUGUCCAUCACAGCUAUGCUAUCAGUACCGCAGUGCUUUGUGCGCCCUAAUGAGGCCAAGAAAGCUGCUGACGAGGCCAAGAUGAGAUUUGCGCACAUAGAUGGAGAUCACCUCACCCUGCUGAACGUCUACCACGCCUUCAAGCAAAAUAUGGAGGACGUCCAGUGGUGCUAUGACAAUUUUGUCAACUAUCGUUCACUGAAGUCUGCAGACAACGUUCGGCAGCAGUUGUCACGCAUCAUGGACAGGUUUAGCCUUAAGCGUACCUCCACAGAUUUCAACUCCCGUGACUACUACAUGAACAUCCGCAAGGCACUUGUUUCAGGGUUCUUCAUGCAGGUAGCACAUUUGGAGCGCACUGGCCACUACAUGACCAUUAAAGAUAACCAAGUGGUCCAACUGCAUCCCUCCACCUGCCUUGACCACAAACCAGAGUGGGUUCUGUACAAUGAGUUUGUCCUCACCACCAAGAAUUACAUCAGAACAGUUACUGAUAUUAAACCUGACUGGCUCAUCAAGGUGGCCCCUAACUACUAUGACAUGCAGAACUUUCCUCAGUGUGAAGCCCGAAGACAGCUGGAGAACAUCAUCACAAGAUUUGAGUCUAGACAAUACAGGGAAGGAUUCUAAGCCUAUAACUGUAAAGAACAUUCAGCAGGUAUUAAUGUCUGAAUUUCAUCAUAAUUGCCAAUCUUCUUUGUAUGUUCUCAUUGAGGUUUAUCCAUGAGAAGAGCUUGGUUGGAUUAGGCUUAGUGUGGAUUGGCAUGGAAUGGACUCUUAGAAUUCUUGUGGAUGAGAGAUGAUGCAUAGAUAGCUUAUAUUUUUUGUAUGGUGUAUUAGUGAGUUAGCUGAGGGGUCCCCAUUAGCAGAACUCACUUUAAAAAAUAAAUUGGUCACCAGAAGCGUGACACAGUUAGUGGUCAGUUGGCGAGUCAACCUUCAGGUUUAUUUAUUAUUGUACAAAGCAAUAAGUGAGUUAUUUAGCUCUACUGGAUUUGGCCACAGCAGCACAGGCAUAAAAGCUGGUAGCAUUAUAUUUAUUAUGUAUGCUAUUAUAGGAUGAAAUAGUACUUUGAUCCUGUGUUUUGCUACCCAGGACCCAUCAUUCCCAGUAGGAAAGGUGCCAGGUGUUGGCUACUCGGGGGUACUAAGAGUAAUCCCAAUGUGGUCCUAACUUGUCACUCAUUUUAUGUUAAAAAUAAAUGCAAAAUAUUUG